UCUGUUUUGUGUUUCGAUCAGUGAGGAUUUUCUCACACACCAGAGUCACCACCACAAUGGUACGGCAAUGGCGGUGAGAAAAGGGGCACGUCAUUGCGAAAAGGGAGCAGUCAAGGCGGAUACGUGAGGGAUGGCGCAUAUCAGUGAGGAAAACAGCACUCACUUGACGCGACGGCAGCCCUCUCUUCUGUAUGACCCCACAGGCAUACAAAGGGGCGUGUGACGACACUGUCAGUCAGCUAUCGAUCUUCUCUGUACAAGGUCACUUUCCCUCGGCCAGACUCUCCUCAAUGCGAUCAACCAUUUGCUUUGCCAGCCCCCCAAAUCGACUCAACACACGUCGCACACUUGGGGCAGUCACAGGGUAGCACGAGUCAAAACCAGACGCACCCUGCACUGCCUCCUCUGUCGUGUAGAGAGCCACUCGACCGUCAGACAAGUGCAGGUGCGCCGCGUUGGACUCACCCUGCCGGUGCCCACACAACACGACCACAUGCUGCUCUGCACCAUCUCCCCCCACCUCGUCCCGCCACUCGCCCACCACACACCCAUCCACCGUGCUGCUCGUGAAAAGCGAGCGAUAGUCGUCAUCGCGCGCACCCACAUGUACGUCACAGACAUAGCGAGGGGAGGUAGGGAGGAUCGUGCGAAUGGCAGCAGACGAGUAGGAAGAGACAAUGUGCAUGACGUCAUCAGGCAGACUCUCGCCAUUGUACUCCAUCUCAUCCCAGUCCACGUACCUGUCCCAGCGGCGGAUCACAGGGUCGCUCUUCUCAUAGUGCAGUCGGAAGCGGUGCUUCGGGGGCAGCUGGUCCUCGCGCACGAUGCAGAAGCGGCUGUGACCCAUCUCGUACACCACCUCGUUGCGGAAUGCCCGCGGCACACGCCACCCCAAGCCCCAAGGGUCCGGGUUCAGAUCCAGGCUGCAGCCGAUGAUGUAGUAGCCGACUGUCCGAUGGAUGGCCAGGGUGAGGGGGAGGUGGCGGACGGUGCGGCUCGACAGCUGCACCCGAAGGAAGGACGCCUUGGUGGGCAGCUUGGAGCUGAUCCAAUUGGGUGUGAUGAUGACGGGAAGGGUCUGAGCUGGCUGGGGGGCUGAGGUCUCAUUGGGGCUGAGGUCACCGAAGAGGGCAUCGAAGAAGUCUCGAGGCAACUCCAGGUGAUCGACAGCUACACCUGCCCGCCUGAUCAGCUCCUCCUCAUUCACAUCAUCCGUAUCUGAUCGACAACAUACGGAUGAUGCACUGUGCCCUUUCCCCAUCGCCCUCUCCCCAUUGGUGGCUCAUGUAUCGCACCUUGUGCAUUGCGAUCAAUCAUGCCGUGGUUGUCCGCCAAGCGAAGCAGCUGUCCCAUCUUGGCCCACUCACCCUCCCCCUGCUCCACCACAUACGCCACCUUGCCGAAAUACUCAAAGCGCGUCAGACUCCCGCCACCGCCAUCCCCCUGUGUGCCAUACUGCCGGUCCACAUCGACCGUGCCCACCAGCUCAUGCUGCUGCAGAUUGUUGUCGAUGCGGCGCUCCAGGAACGUCUCGUUGACGACUCCCGUGCCAUAGUUCUUGCUGGUGCGCCGCGCCAGGCAUACGGCGUCCUCCACAGACAGGAAUGGGAGGAAGACAUCCCGGUAGACGUCAAUGGGAACGGCGGUAGGUGCGUUGGAAGAGAGGGCGGUGCGCUUGCCGGUCGAGCAGGGGAGGCUGGACACGGCAGUGGUAAGGUCGUUGAGGGCGGUGGACAGCUCCGACACCUUGGUCGUCAUGGCUGCCCACAUGCUCGAGCCACAAGGCAGCUGACACACCAGAAGACAAGACACACAGGCAAGAGAUGCAUCAGUGAGCGGCGGAGCGGCUCUCGGUCCCGCCGUACAUGUGGCGCAGUGGUGCACUUGAAAAGCUGCUCUGAGAUGGCCAUUUGAGUAUCGAAGCAAGAGAGCUAAAGGCGAAGCAAAGAGACGAAGCUGCGUCAUCGCUAGGUGCGGGUGCUGCCUUCACUCGAUCGCUUCAGGCACCUGUGUCUGGAAUGACUGGAUGACCUCAAGCUGCUCCUGAAACUCACCACUGUACACCUGCCGAGCCGACAAGCAAACAAUCACACAAGCACAAAAGCCAAAUGACGACAGUCACCCCAUUCCAGGGACGUUCCUGCUUCAAUCACCGAGAGCUCGGAGCGAUGCGAUUUCUCAUCAUUAGGCUUAGACAAUGCACUGCUGCCCUUGCCUGCAGCUGGCUGGCCCGCCACACGAUGCUGCUUCGAUGGGUCAGCGGCACUCGACAUCUAACAACACACAAACACACACGCACACACACACGCACACACACACACAGUAUCGAUGAAUGACUAAAGCGACAGGCGACUGCAUCGCGCAGUGCUACCUGUGGCUUGUGUGAAGACUUGACAAACAGCUUUCGACGCUUCUUCACGUCCGCAAGGUCCUCCAUCUGGUCCACAACACCAUCCCAUGAAUGAGAAUCGAUGAAUUCAACUUCCUUUUGUCAUUUCACACCUUCAGGCGCUGAUAUUGAUGCAGGGAGAGCCCGGUCUGCCAAAUCGCCCCUUUUUGCUAGCUUUGCGAGCUUAGAAGAGAGAAGUAGAUCUCCCGGGCUGUGCGCCUUCCCCUGCCAUCAGAGCCCACCGUAGCAAGCGGCGUUGAUAAGGGGCGAAAACCGCGGCGGAUCUGUGAUUCUGUGACACCGUCUUCAU